GAGUCCUCUUCGAUCCCAGGGUGCGUUUCGCCGAUGAUGGCCGCCACCAUGGAGGAGGAAGAGCUGGAGUUUGUCGAUGAAUUGGAGGGGGUUCUGCACCUGGCGCCGGAGGUGCAGCAGGCGAUCGAACAGGUAUUCCCCAGCCAGGAUCCCUUGGACAGGGCUGAUUUCAAUGCUGUUGAAUACAUCAAUACACUCUUCCCAACUGAACAGUCUUUAGCCAACAUUGAUGAAGUUGUAAACAAGAUAAGACUAAAGAUAAGACGGUUGGAUGAUAACAUUCGAACUGUAGUAAGAGGACAGACCAAUGUAGGACAAGAUGGCCGACAGGCUUUGGAGGAAGCGCAGAAAGCUAUUCAACAGCUUUUUGCCAAGAUUAAGGACAUUAAGGACAAAGCAGAGAAAUCAGAACAGAUGGUCAAGGAAAUCACACGGGACAUUAAACAGCUUGAUCAUGCCAAACGCCACCUCACAACUUCCAUCACCACACUUAAUCACCUGCAUAUGCUUGCAGGUGGUGUUGACUCCUUGGAGGCUAUGACUCGCCGCAGACAGUAUGGAGAAGUGGCUAACCUCAUGCAAGGGGUGGUAAACGUGUUGGAACAUUUUCAUAAGUAUAUGGGCAUUCCGCAGAUCCGCCAGCUCUCCGAAAGAGUACGAGCCGCACAGACUGAACUGGGACAGCAGAUCCUGGCAGACUUUGAAGAGGCCUUCCCAUCCCAGGGAACUAAGAGACCAGGGGGUCCUAGUAAUAUCCUGCGUGAUGCCUGCCUUGUUGCCAAUGUGCUGGAUCCCAAAAUUAAACAGGAAAUCAUCAAAAAAUUUACAAAACAACAUCUUUCAGAGUACCUCGUUCUGUUCCAGGAAAACCAAGAUGUGGCAUGGCUGGAUAAGAUAGAUCGACGGUAUGCUUGGAUUAAACGGCAGCUGGUAGAUUAUGAGGAGAAAUACGGCCGGAUGUUUCCAGUGGAAUGGUGCAUGAGUGAAAGGAUCACUGUGGAGUUCUGCCAUGUUACCAGGAUUGAGCUGGCUAAAAUAAUGCGAACAAGAGCCAAGGAAAUUGAAGUGAAAUUGCUGCUGUUUGCAAUUCAAAGGACAACGAAUUUUGAGGGCCUGUUAGCCAAGCGGUUCUCGGGCAGCACACUGACGGAUGGCAUUGUGAAAAAGCCAGAACCAGUGCCACCUUCUACAAAUCCAUUCCUGGAGGAUGAAACUGGAGUAGAUUGUGAUCCUGAGAAAGAAGGAGAUCUGGAGAAGCCAAAGAAGCCGAAAGCCCCAGACAACCCUUUCCAUGGCAUUAUCUCCAAAUGCUUUGAGCCACACCUAUAUGUUUACAUUGAGUCUCAGGAUAGGAAUCUCAGCGAGCUGAUUGACAAAUUUGUGGCAGAUUUCAAAGCCCAAGGUCCCCCAAAGCCAAACACCGAUGAUGGUGGAGUAGUGCUCCCCAGCUGCGCAGAUUUAUUUGUCUACUACAAGAAAUGCAUGGUGCAGUGCUCACAACUCAGCACCGGAGAGCCAAUGAUUGCUUUAACCACCAUUUUCCAGAAAUACCUGCGAGAAUAUGCAUGGAAAAUCCUCUCCGGAAACCUGCCAAAAACCACAAGCAGCAGCAGUGGCUUGACCAUUUCCAGUCUCCUGAAGGAGAAGGAAGGCUCUGAGGUUGCAAAGUUCACACUGGAGGAACUCUGUCUCAUUUGCAGUAUCCUCAGCACAGCUGAGUAUUGCUUGGCAACAACACAGCAGCUCGAAGAGAAACUCAAAGAGAAGGUGGAUAUAAGUCUAGUAGAAAGGAUUAACCUGAUGUCAGAAAUGGACACCUUCAGCACUGUGAUUUCUAAUAGUAUCCAGCUGUUGGUUCAGGACUUGGAUGCAGCCUGUGAUCCUGCGCUGACUGCUAUGAGUAAAAUGCCAUGGCAAAAUGUGGAACACGUGGGUGACCAGAGUGCAUAUGUCACUUCUAUAAUCCAACAUAUCAAACAGAAUGUACCCAUCAUCCGAGAUAACCUGGCUUCCACUCGCAAAUACUUUACACAGUUCUGCAUCAAAUUUGUCAACUCCUUCAUUCCAAAGUUCAUCAACCACCUUUUCAAGUGCAAGCCAAUCAGUAUGGUUGGAGCAGAGCAGCUUCUGCUGGACACACAUUCCCUCAAAACUGUUUUGCUUGAUCUUCCUUCAAUUGGUUCGCAAGUGGUACGCAAGGCUCCAGCAAGCUACACAAAGAUUGUUGUCAAAGGCAUGACUCGUGCAGAGAUGAUUCUGAAGGUGGUAAUGGCUCCCCAUGAAGCAUCCGUGGUGUUUGUAGAUAACUACAUCAAACUUCUGGCAGACUGCAGCACGGACACAUUCCAGAAAGUUCUCGACAUGAAGGGCUUGAAGCGGAGUGAACAGAGCAGCAUGCUGGAACUGUUCCGUCAGAGACUACCGACCCCUCCAUCAGGCGGAGAGAACACUCUAACGACUGCACUGUCCGCCCCGUCCCCUGAACAGGAAUCUUCCAGGAUCCGUAAACUGGAGAAACUCAUUAAAAAGAGACUGUAAGCAAAGCACAACAGCGAGGUGGCCCAGUAAACCCCUGGCAGUGGUCCUCUUCCCCUUCCCGUUCUUCCCUUGGAUCAGCAACCGUCCUGCUUAUUUCCUCCCCCCACGUUCCUGCAGAUACGAAUUCACACUUGCAACUGCGGUCACUUCUCCAGUUGUGACAACCUCCGGCGCCCAGAGAUAAAUCCAGAGCUUAAUGACUAAUUUAUGUUCUUGUAACCUGGUUUGGAGUUGAAAAGCUGAGCUCCCAUGAGCAUUUUUAAACUCUGUCGUUACAAGGGAAGCUCACACUCCACCAUGAAAUGUAUAUAAAGCCACAGUUAGAAAAUUUCACAUAAGAUUUUAUUCUAUUACUGGCAUUUUGCACAAAAAAAUAGUUGUGUGCCCCUUAGAAUUCAGACAUGCAGCUACAGUUGUACAACAGUUCAAGGCAGGAGGUAUUCUAAACAUCAAUACAUAGGAAUACUUCUUAGCAGGGAAGUAAUCACCCAGCAGUUACCCGAAGCAGUAACUGCAGUGCCCACCACUCUUUAGAACUUCACAUAGACGCGUUCUGUUGGAAUUGCAAAGAUCCUGUUAUGGUGGCAGACGUCACCAGAUGGAAAUUGUGAAGAAACACUUAAUGCUAAUCACUAAGGUGAUGAAAUCCAAUUAGUUCCACUGUCCAGUCAAUGACACAAUUUUACUUUCUUCAGUGAAAAGGUUAUACAUUUAAUGUGUUGAAUUUUGACAUUCUGUCACAUCCUGGAGUUUAUUUUCUGUAAAACAAUCCAAAAUCCUUCAGAACAUUACUACGACUUUGAGUGUGUUAACUGUUAAUGUUAAGAGUGCAAACUGUCUCUGUGGCUUCCACUCGCUGAGGCCAGUAGUCAAGGACUCGGUGUGUCUGCAAAUAACACAAAAUAAUGAGAAGAAUUUUAAACUCCUUUUGUUAAACUAGGGAAGAGUUAAGGAACUCUUAAUAUCCUUUAAAUGAACUAAAGUGGAAUAGGCAGCUGAAAACUUGAUUAGGCAUUUCUUAGUUUCUGCUUUGAGCAGUUAUUAUUGGAGCAUCAAUAAAACAUUGUGAAAUCCCAUCCAGCAUUGAUCUUGGGAGAAGAUUAGAGGGUUAGAUUACAGAUCAAUGAUCUAACUCAUAAAUCCCCAUUAACACCAACUAUUUUAUGAAAGAGUAAAAUCACUAUUAUUUCCCCUCUGGUCCUUGGUUUUGUGUCGUUACGAAAGUCCUCAGUGACUUAAGGAGUGAGAGAUGAAAUUGAGCAAACUCAGCUACGUUUCCAGUAGGCAGGGUCUCCAGCCGAAACUGCCCAACAACUUUGGAAAAUUCAAAGAGAAAUUAAUGAAAUGCCUAAUGUGGGAGAACAAAUGCACCUUUGCAUCGUGAAUGCUGCUUCAACUAGGUUGAAGCAUGCUGGAAAUAUGUUAUGUGCCUAUAACCCAUUCUUGGUUUGACCUAAGGGCACAUUGAUGCACUCCUCAAAUAAUGGGAUCAUUUAAAAUUUCUCUCAGCAAUCUAUUUUUUCAAUUGCUGUCAUGUAUUCUACUCCCCUUGCACCACACACACACACUCUCAUGGUAAAAUCUGAAUUCCGGUGGGUCAGAUCUUCCCAGCAGGACAACGCUCUGGCGUAACAGAAUAGGGUCUUGUGUUUGGUUUUGAAACCACUGGGGUGUCCUUUCUGACUUUGGUGUAAAAAUACCACUGUGGCCCUCAGAAUUCAUAAAAGCACUGUAACAUUGUUGGAAUAGAUUUACCUGUGCCAGCAUGUAGAAGCUACCCAUUCAAAGCUGCUUCAUGGGAAUUGAGUUGAUAACUCAGUGUUAGCUCUAUAUUCCCACUUUUAGAGAGCUUAAUUCAAGUUUAUUACAACAACAACUUUGAGUUAUCGAGCUGAUUCUUGUGAAUACAUGCAUAACUGUUUUGUUAAGCAAAUCAUGUCAGUUCAUGCAGCAAACUUGGGAGUUAAAUCUCAGAUUUAAAAAAUUCUAAAGCUCGAUAAUAUAAGCUAAUAAAAAAACAUAGUCAUCUUUAAGCACAAGAGCAAAGGCAAAUACCUUGUUAUUAUCAACCUUGAUAUUACAAUCAGCAGUGAGCUGUCUGCACUAGCUGCUGACAUGCAAAGAAUGUCUGAGCUUACCUACUACAAUUCCCCAGCAUACACCUGUGCACCCUAAAUCGGCUCGAUCCUCAGUCCAUAGAACCUUGUGCAGGUAAAUCCCUUCACGUGUGGAGGGCCAUUCACAAAACAGCUAAAAAAAAUCUUUGCCUGCCACUAAGUCUCACCUUAAGCUGAGGGUUUCUGAACCCUUUAAAGAUCAUCAAAAAAAAUUGACGGUAUUAACAAUGAUAAGUUAAUAAAAAUCUAAAAAUUGAAACACUUGUAUAAACUCUAACACUUUUUAAAAAAACUAAUUUAAAACAUCUAAGUAAACUAAAACAAUUCAGCAAAAAUGUAAAUUAAAUAAAAUGUGCCUUUGUCCCGUGCAGCGGUUCCUCUCUGUGUGAAUGAAGACGCAGUUUCUAGCCAAGUUCAGGCAGAUUCCCCAGAGUAAGGGCUGGGUGAUUGCUGCGGCUUCGUGCUUCAGCACUGGACUCCACUAGGAGUCCAAGAAUGUGCAUUCUUGAAAAACACCACAAACAGCAGACAGCAACUUCAGGGCCUCAGCAUUCAAUCCCAGAGUUCCUGUCAGGUAUCAAAUCAGGGCCACUGUUCUAUUUUCCUCUCCUAAAGACAUCCCGCUUGCUGGCUCUUGAGCCCUGUUUAGUGUGUAUUGGCAGUUUGUUCUAUUACUCUCACAGUCGAGCACAGUCUAUCCUCAUCUUAUGUGCAGCUAACGACUGGAGAUACAAAACAACAGGGGCAGCUGGAUAUCAAUCAGAAAUAGAAACUUCUGGGAUUGUUCCUUCUCCAACCCCUCUGCCCACACCAAUCCAGAGUCCUGAAGCCAACUGUGAUCAUCCCACAGGUUCAGCAUGGCCCAGGAAUGGGUUUCCAAUCAGGAAAUCUAAAUUUCUACCUAAUUCUGCGUCAGGAUAAAGUCUUGCAACAGUAUUUUAGUAUCCCAUCAUUCAACAAAAAUGUCAACAGUUGUGAUAAUGGGCUGAAGUAAAUUCAGUGAAUAUACAUCAUAGCUGGAAGGUCUUUGAGGUAUCAUGAAAGGUGUUACAAAUGAGUUCUGCAAAUGAAGGCCCGUUUCCUGAAUGUAGCUUUCAAUGUAUUUUUCAAUGCCACUAUAAGGAUGAAUUAUUUGGGGAAGAAUAACAGGCUUGUCUCUAACUUAAGGAAACACAGUGAAGUUAAACUAAUGACCAACUGGUAUUUGUGAAGAAACCUACUAUCAUCCAGUUAUUUUACAGAGAGAAGGGAUGUCCAAGAUCUAUCUUCAGCAAGGCUGAAGUGGAGGCCAUAGGCUUGAAUACAAUAACCUUAGUUUUGCUAUGUUUGCUCAACUUCUGGCAAAAAAUGGCCUUGAAAAUCAUAACACGAAAAAAAAGUGGUGAAGAUUGUCUAUAUUCAAUGUACAAAAAUGCUGAUGCUGGAAGAGGCUGGCUUCAUCUGAACUAUCUUUUACUCUGUCCGUAACUGGAAGCAGCAUGUGCAUAUUGGUGUGCACUAUGCUCAAUGAAAAGCCUAUUGAGCAGAAUUCCCUGUUUCGAAAAUCUUCCCUGGCAUUUAUAUUUAUUGUGUUUAUUUAAGGCUGGGUUCUUCCAAAGAACCUUCAUGUACCUGAUUUCAGGAUGUAAAUUUUCUUGAUUAUGUAUUUCUGAUAACUGUCCAGUUUCAUUGUGGGAUUGUACAAUUGCAAUUCCAUAAUUUCAGAAUAGUCACCAGUUUGAAUCCUGCGUAAUGUUGUAAUGACCCUAUUGUGUAAUUUUGGUAAAUAAAUGCACAAUUGGAGCUGUUUCCUCAUUAAUGCAUUAUGCUGACCUUUAGGCACAUAUCUAUCACAUUUGUAAGUGUUUACUUGUCUCAGUGUGACACUUAGAAUUGGAUUAAUUAACUGAUCAUAACCAAUUUUUAAUAUUAAACAAACAGAUAUGAAAUGUAAAUCGACUUAAUUAAACAGCUCACCGUUGCAACCUGUAUGUGUAGAGCACUUUUGUAUUCGCUGUUUAAGAGCCAAUUGCUGGUAACACUGCUACUGCCACAAAACACGAUUACUUUGAAGUUUUCUUAGGUACAAAAUACUUGACCCUCUCCUUGAAAUUCUCUUGUUACUUUAAGAAUAGUGUUACACUUUCAUUUUAAUUAAGUCAAUGUCUCUUAAAAUUCCAUGUAAAUGUCAGUUGUGUGAAAGGGUUCAGCUGCUAUAGCUCUGUAAUUUCAAGGCUGUUGACUUUUUGGGCUUGGGGGAAGCAUCAAUCAAACAGUUCAAUGUGAUUAAGACCACAUGGAAUCAUGGAUGUGCAUUUUAAUUAUUUGAUAACCAUUUCAACAUUCUUCUGAAGUCAAUUACAACCCUCAUCGUAUCUUGUUAGGUCAUAUGAGCAGUUCUGAAUCAAAAAUAGAUGCAUUUUGUUAUAUCUGACUGAUUCCCUUACUCAGCUUGUUGGCUCAACAAAGUGGCCUAAUCUUAGGAGACUUAGACCUGAAUGUAAAAUCACUACCGUUUGUUAGGAAGACUUUGGGAACAUUACCAAAGGACGUGGGAUUUGAUCUUAAUCAGUGUAUAUUUACUUGAACCAGGGCAGUACUUGGGUGUUACUGGGUCUGAACCUGGAAGGAAUAGCAGGAAAAUCAGAGAUUCCUGAUUGCUUUAGAUUGGUGUGUGUGUGUUUUUAUGACAGCAUACAUUCAAACUUUAAGGAGCCUCCCAUUGCUGAGAUUUGCAAGUGGUCAUGAGUGAGCUGCCAGAGAGCUUCUGCCACCAGUUGAGCUGUUCCUUACCAACUACCUGCCUCUCAUGAGAAAAGGAGGUUUGAGGGGAAAAAAAAGCAUCUUAGCUUGCAGAAAUGUUGCACCUUUAUACAAAAGCUACAAGUCAGAACUGGGGAGAGGAUGUGUAUUUAUUUCCAUUUACUGACCUGCACUGUAGAGAUACAUUCUUGUUUUCAAAGAUAAAAGUAAACCUUUCUGAAACUAAACCUACUGUAAUAGUGUCUUGUAGAUGGUCUGCAUCUUAGC